AUGAGAGCACCCUGCUGCUUCCUAUUCCUAGUUGCGUUCGUUAUCAUCACGAUCCAUGCUCGUCCCUACGACCUGAAAUUGGGCAAUGCGACACGAAGCUUGUUCUUGGCUUUAAACAGUUCUAUUCAUGCGCGAAGAACAGAAAUAAUCGCAAACUUGUCACGGCAAGUCGCCGAUUCGAUAACCUUCGUCAUGGAGGAGCUGCGCCUGAACCUAACGACUUCCAAUGAAGGAGAAGAGAUCUAUAUCGAGCCGGCGGAUCCAGUGGAGACUUUUCUCGACUCACCUAACACUUAUAUGCAACAGUUCAAUGAAUUGCGUUACCAGCAAGGCUCGGCCGAGUCGAAAGAAUCGAGUUUUCAGUGGGCCAAGGACCUGAUGAAACGCGGCAAGGUUUGGUACAAGAGCUUGAGCCCCGAGGAGAAGCGGAAACUUAAAGAGAAGCUGAAAGUGGCCGGGAAGUAUCUUAAAGGUAAGAAAAACGCCUGCAUCUCCAAAUUUCGUUAUUUU